UGGGCGGAGCUGGAUCGGGUUAACCCCCGUCCCCGUCCGCACGGACGGGCAAAUCGGCGGUGAUUUCCUCGCUCUUCUUUCCUGCUCGGGUGUCAGAGUGGAGCCGCCGCCGCCUCUCCAUGAUGGCUGUGAAUCCGGACUUGCGCAAGGAGCGGGAGGCGGCUUCUUUCAACACGGAGCUUCUCACCAACAUCUUGGAUGGGGACACCGAGCGGACCCGGCGCCGCAGGGAGAUCGAAGCUCUUGUUUUUAAUGACCUAGACUUCAAGGAUGAGGAUGUCAAUUUCCUUUCUCGCAGUGAGCGCUAUGCACUAGCUAUCAAGAGGAGUGCAUUCAUGAUCAUGAAGCUCCGAGAACUUGGAAUUGCUGAUCCUGAUGAGAUUUACUGGUUUAAAAGCAUUUGCAUGGGCACUUACAUUACACCCAUUGGUCUGCACUUCAGCAUGUUUAUGCCCACUUUAGAGAACCAGUGCUCUGUUGCGCAGCGAGAGAAAUGGCUGCCUCUGGCCCGUCGAUUCCAGAUAAUUGGCACCUACGCUCAGACGGAAAUGGGGCACGGAACUCAUCUCCGAGGCUUGGAAACCACAGCUACCUAUGACGCCAGUACUCAAGAAUUCAUCCUUAACAGCCCCACUGUGACUUCUAUUAAGUGGUGGCCAGGUGGACUGGGUAAAACAUCAAACCAUGCUAUUGUUUUGGCGCAGCUUUAUACCCAAGGCCGGAGCCACGGUUUACAUGCAUUCAUUGUGCCUAUACGCCAGUUGGGAACUCAUGAGCCGCUGCCAGGCAUCACUGUUGGUGACAUUGGACCAAAAUUUGGUUACGAUGAAAUGGAUAAUGGCUACUUGAAAAUGGACAAUUUUCGCAUUCCCCGAGAGAACAUGCUAAUGAAAUUUGCCCAGGUUGAACCGGAUGGCACAUAUGUGAAACCUCUCAGUGACAAGCUGACGUAUGGCACCAUGGUUUUCAUCCGCUCAAUCAUUGUAGGUGAUUCAGCUCGCUCUUUAGCCAGAGCAUGUACAAUUGCCAUCCGCUACAGUGCUGUAAGACACCAGUCUGAAUUGAAACCAGGGGAGCCAGAGCCCCAAAUAUUGGAUUAUCAGACUCAGCAGUACAAACUUUUCCCUCUUCUGGCAACAGCCUACGCCUUCCACUUUGUGGGAGCCUAUAUGAAAGAUACCUAUCGUCGCAUCACCGCAGAUAUCAAUGAUGGAGAUCUGAGAGAAAUGCCAGAGCUCCAUGCGCUGUCUGCAGGGUUAAAGGCUUUCAGUUCCUGGAUUGCCAAUGCUGGCAUUGAGCAAUGUCGGAUGGCAUGUGGUGGACAUGGCUAUUCUCGGUGUAGUGGUCUACCUGAUCUUUAUGUGAACUUCACACCCUCUUGCACCUACGAAGGAGAGAACACAGUCAUGAUGUUGCAGACGGCACGGUUUCUGAUCAAAAGCUAUACACAAGUUAGUUCUGGACAGUUAGUUAGUGGCAUGGUUUCCUAUCUGAAUGACCUACCAGGGCAACGCAUUCAACCACAGCAGGUGGCUGCUCGGCCUGCAACACUGCAUAUCAACAAUCCAACCAGUUUGGUGGAGGCCUAUAAACUGAGGGCUUCUAGACUGGUUGAAUUUGCAGCAAAGAAUUUGCAAGCUGAGCUAAACCGCAGGAGCAAGGAGGAUGCUUGGAACCGGACUUCUGUUGACUUAGUCCGAGCAUCUGAGGCACACUGCCACUACGUAGUAGUGAAGCUGUUUACUGCAAAAGUCUCAGAAAUCGGUGACCCAGCCACUCGUGCUGUUGUUAACAACUUGUGUCUUCUCUUUGCACUUCAUGGGAUCAGUAAGCACAGUGGAGACUUCCUGCAGGGAAGCAUUUUGACAGAAGCACAGGUAACUCAGGUGAACCAGCGGGUGAAGGAACUCUUGGCAUUAAUCCGUCCUGAUGCGGUAGCUCUAGUGGAUUCCUUUGACUUCCAUGAUUCCUUUCUUGGAUCUGUUCUUGGCCGAUAUGAUGGUAACGUCUAUGAAAACAUGUUUGAAUGGUCAAAGAAAUCACCAUUAAAUAAAACAGAGGUCCAUGAAUCUUUCCACAAACACCUGAAGCCAAUGCAAGCCAAACUGUGAUGAAAUUUGGAGCCAUUGCUCGUACGCUAUUCCAGUCCCCAGAUUUGAUGUCAUCUACCCUAUGUGCCCUUGAAUCACUUGGCAAAUCUAAAUUUCCAUAGGGUAGCCAAUAACUCACUUUGCUUGUUCAUUUUUAAAAUAGGGAGGGGAUUAGUCCGGGGAACACAAGAUGAUAUGAAGUGCAAUUUGUAAUUAUGUUUAGAAACUAGCCCUUUUUAAUCAUUCAGAAAAGCUUUACAGAUUGGUGUGAGGCAUUGAUUUUGUGAAGCACUUAACUGCUGAGCAACUCCAUGUCACCUAGCAGGAUUUUUACUACUAAGUAGUUGUAUUCAGGAAACAGUUGAUGGGAAGCAGCAGCACUUUUUCACUGUCGUACCUAAUCUAGGCAAGAGUUGUCAGAACCCUCCAGCAAAUCUCGUUCUAUUUAGGAGUUAAAAGGCCUGGGCAUUCUCAUAAUUUGCUUCAUUGUCCAAGGAAUGGACUUCUGACCUCAUGGUGCAGGAAGAGAAAUUCUGCUUUCUUGUAUAGCAGUGCUAUGUUGGAUGGCAUCUAGGAGUUCAUAUCCCUCUCAUAAAUAAAGUAAGAGUUCUAAUUAAAUCACACUGCUAUGGUAUGAAAGCACUUCCUGUCUCCAGCAGCUGCUGCUCCUUCUCUGGAAUGGCUGCCCCCUUUCUCUAGUAACAGGGAAGGGGAAAAUAGUACCGUGUCCUUGCUUUCAAACCUGGAGAAGAGUGCUUUCACCUUAGCAAUUCUUUUAAUUUGCAUUAUUUCGGAUCUGUAAAGCUUUCGUCAUGGGGUAAAAACAAAUCUUACUUGUUCCAUUUUGUCCUGGAAGGCAGAAAAGAACUCUUUCUGAAGCACUCACACUAUUUUAGACAUUUAUUUAUACUGUUGUGCCCUGAACUUAUGGAAUUGUAUCGCUAGAAUAGAUGCAAAGAGUGACUGUUGUCCAUUCCAAUUGUAAAGCUAAGUGUGUAUGAAGACUGGCAUAGCAGAAGGCUGAUACUGCAUAUUCCUGAUGCCAUAUGCCACAAACAGAGCUGAUAUACCACAGCAGGGAGAGAUUAAUCUGUUAGGAGAAUCAUGUUUUAGCACUGUACAAAACUGAAAUCCAUUACACUAAAAAUUGCUACACAAGGAUAGAUUCACGUAGCAACUCGAGUUUUCAGGACAACCAGCUGAAAAACUGGGGAGCUCCCUUCAGUUAUAUGAAGUUGUAAUCAAAGAAUCUGAACAAAGACUCUGGAAAUGGACUCGUGGACUUGUUUUUUAUCCCUACGUAGGUAUGCUGCUUGGAUUCUCUUAAUAUAACCUUCAGGCAGGGAAAGAAACAUGUAUUUUAAAACAGAAGUGAACUUUGAUUGUAAAGUCAUUUUUUAACUUCCUAGCUGCCGAAGCAUUCCAUUCUAAGAUGUGAUUACUGUAUUGUUAACAUGUUCAUCCUGGACUUUGGUAUACUUCAGUGGAAUGCUGUAUAAAAAACUGUACAGUUAAAAACCAUCAAUUGUACAACAUGCAUAGAUCUUAAUAAAGAAACUCACUUUCAGAUAGUGUGACACAAA